GGCUUCUCUUGAGAGCAGCUUCAGGCCACAGCCCAGAGAGCUGGGGAGUCCAGGCCCGGUUUUGCACCAGGCCCUGCUGAGGUGUUUCCUCCUCCCCCUCCCCUUGGCUGGGGCAGCUCCUUGCUGGGCCAGUCAGCUUUAGGCCUUCAGAGUUCUUCCCUGGUUCCUGAAACUUACCUGCCCUGCUGGAGAGCCAGAGCCACCUAAGAAGGAGUACUCCUAUACUGGACCCUUACAGGAAGCUACUUGUGCCCAGCUGGGGCCCAGCCCCAGCUGAUGCCCCAGAGGGGUCACCCAUCUCAGGAGAGGCUUUGGGCUCUGUCCUCCCUCCCCAUGGCACUUGACCCACAGCCUGAGGCCGAGGGAUUGUUGGACCUCAGCUUCCUGACACAGGAGGAGCAAGAGGCCAUUGCUGAUGUCCUCAGACGAGAUGCCCACCUGCGCCAGCUGGACGAAGGGCGGGUCAGCAAGCUCCGGGCCUCUCUGGCAGAUCCCAGACAGCUGAAGAUCCUAACAGGAGACUGGUUCCAGGAGGCACGCUCCCAACGGCACCAGCAGGUCCGCUUGGGCUCUGAUCUUGUCCGAGCCUCUAUCCGCAGGAAGAAGAGCUCUAGGGGCCCAGGAGACCAGGCUCUGGGCAGUGACAGGGAGACUGAGGCUGCUGGGAAAGAUCCUGAAGAGGAGUCAGGGCCCAGGCUCCCCAUAGAUGCGGAAGCCCCUUCAGAGAGACAUGGUGAGACUCAUGGACCUGAUUUCCCCUCACCGCAUGUCCCUCUAAAGGUCUCAGAUCAUGAGGAGGAACCCCAGAUCCAAGAAGGUGAGUGGGAGUUUGUGUUGGGAUCAAAGGCGGCCCUUAGUGACCCCAGUCACCAUGUCCAUCUUCCUCCUUCCCUGUCGGUGCCUGUGUGUGGCCGCCACGACCCCAGGGCAGCGCUGGGGCCUCAGUCUGCAGGUCGCCAGGGCUGUGAAUCAGUCCCUCCAAACUGGCUCCGGGACAGGCAGGACAGGAGCCCGCUCAGCGGCUUGUGCCCCGUCCCAGCCCCCGGCCCGGGGGGCGCGCAGGUGGACUUGGAGCAUGCGGGGCCCGAGCCGGAGCCGGAGCCGGAGCUGGAGCCGGAGCCGGAGCUGGGGACGAGGAAGGUGGAGGUGGAGCCGGAGCCCCAACCCGGGGCGAGGAAGGCGGCUGAGGAGCGGCGGCCCCCGGCGGCCCAGGUCGAAGUGGCCUCCGAGAUCCUGGAGAACGGGGAGGAGACCACGGGGCUCAGCCCCUCACUUGACCGCAUGCUCAGCAGCAGCUCCUCCGUGUCCAGCCUCAACUCCUCCACGCUGAGCGGCAGCCUGAUGAGCCUGUCCGGGGAGGUGGAGGCGGGGGCGGUGCAGGUGUGCGGCUCCCUGAACUUCGCGCUGCGCUACGAUCCCGGGGCCCGAGAGCUGCGCGUGCACGUGAUCCAGUGCCAAGGCCUUGCCGCCGCCCGGCGCCGCCGCUCCGACCCCUACGUCAAAAGCUACCUCCUCCCAGAUAAACAGAGCAAGCGCAAGACAGCUGUGAAGAAACGGAAUCUGAAUCCGAUCUUUAACGAGAUUCUCCGGUACUCUGUCCCUCAGGCUGAGCUCCAGGGUCGCGUGCUGAGCCUGUCCGUGUGGCACCGUGAAAGCCUGGGUCGAAACAUCUUUCUGGGUGAAGUCGAAGUGCCCCUGGACACGUGGAACUGGGACUCAGAGCCCACCUGGCUCCCCCUGCAGCCUCGGGUGCCGCCCUCUCCCAGCGAGCUGCUCAGCCGCGGUCUCCUCUUGCUGUCCCUCAAGUAUGUUCCUGCUGGCUCUGAGGGUGGGGGACAGCCUGUGAGCGGGGAGCUGCACUUCUGGGUAAAGGAAGCCCAGAACCUCGUGCCGCUGCGCUCCGGAUCUCUGGACACUUUUGUGCAAUGCUCAGUGCUACCUGAUGACAGCCGUGCUGGCCGCCAGCGCACAAGGGUGGUGCGACACAGCCUCAGCCCCAUGUUCAACCACACCAUGGUUUACGAUGGCUUUGGGCCUGCUGAUCUGUGCCAGGCCUGUGCUGAGCUCUCCCUUUGGGACCACGGGGCCCUGGCCAGCCGCCAGCUGGGGGGCAUACGCCUCAGCCUGGGUACUGGCAGCAGCUAUGGGCUCCAGGUGCCCUGGAUGGAUUCUACCCCUGAGGAAAAGAACCUAUGGCAGACACUUCUGGAGCGGCCGUGUGAGUGGGUGGAUGGCCUUCUACCCCUCAGAACCAACCUGGUCCCCAGGACUUAGCCCUACUCAAACCCUCUCUCAAGGCCACCAUCCCAGGGCCUGCCCUUGGCUAAAGUCAAUAAAAUUUCAUCUAAGGUCA